UGCUUUGACGUCCGUACAACGUUGUCACAACGUAAGAGUUUGUUGCAAAACAACCUACAGCUGACUUAUUUCAGACGUUGUGAUACAACCUCUGAAAAACGUUGUCACGACGUUCUGUGCCCGCUGGGUAAUGAUGAUGAAAGUGAAAGUAGCAUUUGUAGUAAUCACAAGAAAGAAAUAGAUCUAUAUUGUAAACGGUGUAGUGUAUCCAUGUGUUAUAAAUGUUUAAUAGCUGAUCACAAUGGUCACUCGGUCAGUGAUUUAAACGAUUUUAAACUCGAGAUAAAGAUGGAGAUCCAAUCACUGAGAGGUGAGCUAGAGAACACCUUACUGAAAUACCAACAAUAUUCAGAAUCCAUCCAGCAUCAGAAGAAAGAGAUCGAGACACAAACUUCACAGAUCUGUACCAGGAUUGAUAAGAGAGUGGAUAAACUUUGCGCAGCUCUCCACCAUAUUGCAAAUGAAAUGAAAAGCGAAGUAAAGCAAAGCCAUGGUCAGGCCGAGAAGGAGAGCUUAGAAUCACCGGCCAAUGAAUUAGCAACAGAAACAAAGAACCUUGUAAAAGAAGCAACAUAUGAUGUAGACCAUAUCGGGGUAUCACAAUUAUUGGUUUUAAAAACGAAACUUCUACAGGAGAUUGAAAAUGGUAAACAUGACCUCGUCGUUCCAGAACCCAACACACUGUCGUUUCAAGAAGGUGAAAUGAACAAAAUACAACUAACUAACCAACUUGGUCAAAUAAAGACAGGCAUAAAGAAAAAAGACACACAGAUAGCAAGCAACCAAAACUUGUCCAACUCCGGGGCUGCAAGCGACGACAACUUGUUAAACUCAGAAGUGCCCAUACAUAAGGCAUGCAUAUUCCAAUUUAAUUUAAGGCAGGGGUCGAAAAUAAACAUUUACGGAAACUCGAAUGUUAAACACGGUGGUCUCUCAGUGUGGCGAUAUGCGUCUAUUAGUAAAAACAAACUGUCUCUCCAACUUGAGUUAACGGUUCGCGAUUCGUUUACUGGACCAUUACCAAAUAAAAUAUUAUUGAAACUGGAAUUGUUGAACAAACGGAAUCACCAGUUAAAUAAAAAAAAACCGUCGACGAUUCAGCUGAAAGAACGCUAUAAGUGGGAGGAUGUAAUCAGCAUGGACGAACUGGAGAAGCCUUCUCUUGGAUAUAUAGAUGGUCAAGGUGUUUUCACUUUUCAAUUAGUUAUAUUGCAUGUAACAACUUAAAAAUAGGUUAUCUAUCCACACUCCCAUUUUCUGGUGGAUUUAUACGAUGUCGCGAAGGGCAAAAUGUGACAUUUUAUUUUUAUUAGUUACUUGAUGCAUUUUUGACCAGGUUAAUGACCACAAAUAGAGGAAUUUCUGCGAUAUUCUUUUGUUGAAUUAUUCGGAAAACUAUUGAAAUCAAAACUAUUGAAAUUAAACUAAUUUGUAAA